CCCCAGGGCUGGCCCUGCAGCUUUGGCCUGCCCCAUAGUGACUGUAUCAUAGGAAAGCAGUCCCUACUCACACACACAUGCACACAUGCACAUACACACAUGUGCACAUACACGCACAGGCACACAUAUAUGCAUACAAAUAUAUAGAGACAUGCGCACACACAGAUUUUUCUGCUGGCCAGGGGGGCCAACUGGGUUUCCCUGGCUGGGCAGGAGGAGAGGGAAGAGGAAGAGCCCCCUCUCCUGUGACUGAGCCUGCCAGGGAGGCGGCUACCUCGGGAGGAAGGUCUCACAUCUGUCUCUGGGUACCCAUGCUGGCCAGCAAUUUCCCAGGGCUCCCUGUGGCUGAGAAGCCCCGAGGAAACCUUUGUGGGUGGGGCAUGACAGCCAGAACUCCAGAGGCAAAGCGGAUCUGGCAACCAAAAGACCCUCCCUAUCAUCAGGGGAACAGGAUAUCUGGGAGCUGUCCCAGCCUGUCACAGCACAGUGGAGCCAUGAGAGCCACAUUCUCUGGCCUUGCACACAGCGGCCCCGCAGAAGUUCAACAGCCAUUUCUUCACAUGUCCAGAAAACUCCUCGCUUCAUCCUUGCCUCUGCCCCUCAGGAGCAGCGCGGAAGGAAGCCAAGCAGGAGUUUCAUCUGCACGGGGGCACUCUGCAGGCCCUGGAGCACUGGGCCUGAGUGGAGAUGGGAGACAGGCAGGCCAGAAGGUUCUCUCUGCACAGCUGCCUCCCUUGCUCUCCCUGAGGCUGGCCUGUCCCAUUUCCCAUUCCCUCUGGCUGCAGGAGGGCCGACCCCUUGUAACUGGGCAGCUCUUGCCUCCUGCACCAGGCUGUCCUGAUCACAGCUGCUUGACCUGGUCCCACCAGAACCCACCAUGGCCCGAGCCCUCUCUGCAUGGGCAGCCAGCUGGACUAGAAGCGGGAAGGGCCUGGGCACGGACAGAGGCCCCUCUGUCAUCACUCUUUGGCCCCCACCACCUUUCUGUACACACUGGCAGAGAGGGGCACUGGGAAGCACAGGGUGGUGGUCUCCUAUUGGCUACACUCGCUCUCAAGCUGCUUUGCCUUUAUAUUCAAACAGAUUCAGACCCCCCAGAUUGAGGGCACAGAGACCAGACCCUCCCCCACAAAGCCUUUCUGCACCUUCCCGAGUGUCCCAGAUGUGCAACUGGUUUGCACCGCAUACCCCACGGCCAUGUAACGCUCCUGUGCAUGUAUGAUAAUACCAUGCUGCCUAGUAUUACUGAAUCAGUAAAGAGCUGUUUCCAGGA